AUGGCUCUGAAGCUGAGACGAAGGCGAGAGUUAAGCACACUGCAGACGGUGGAGAGCAGAGCACGCAUGAGAUUGACUAUUAUCACUGUGUGCUGUGUGAUUGUCAUACUGGCAACCUUGAUAGUGGGGUUAUACUUCACCGUUAGGAUGGUAAAUACCAAGUUUUUCUUCUGCUCUGGCUCUCUGAAGUUUGUUCCAAUAGAGAAGGUAUGUGAUGGGAUGACUGAUUGUGCAGGUGGUGAGGACGAGACCAUCUGCGUAUCCAAACUGCGGACCAAUGACACAUAUCCAGUGAGGCUGGUGGGGGACAGACUGGUUCUGCAGGUGUUCAUUAAUGAGUGUGGAUGGAGAACAGUGUGUGCUGAUAACUGGAGAACAAAGCACACACGGUUAACCUGUCAACAACUGGGCUAUACACUGAGUCCACGAAGUACAAGAAUCCCAGUGAAGGGUUUACUCUCAAGCCUUCAGAAUGCAUAUUCUACAGUCAGCACUGACUCAACACACACUGACAUCCAGAGUUUCCUUACUGCCAGUGAUAAAUGUUUCUCUGGCGCAGUGGUGUCUUUGUCCUGCUCGGACUGUGGGGAGGUAUUGGGAGAGGACCGUAUUGUUGGUGGGGUGGACACAGAAAUACAACAUUGGCCAUGGCAGGUUAGUCUACAAUGGAACCACCAGCAUUUGUGUGGAGGAGCAUUGCUGUCCACAAACUGGAUCAUAUCAGCAGCUCACUGUUUCACAGGCCGAACACGAGAGUUGAGUCGAUGGACUGUAGUGUUGGGACAGACCCAACUGGGGACAUCCAAGGGUGUCACUGUAGAGAUGAUUGUUGUCCACAAGGACUACAGCCACUUGAGUACUGACUUCGACAUCGCAAUGCUAAAACUCACCUGGCCUGUCACAAUCGGAGAAUCAAUCUUGCCAGUUUGUUUGCCCCCACACCAGCUGUCUGUGAAAGAGAUGCUUGUGGUGACUGGAUGGGGCUUGUUAAAGGAGAAGGGUGAGUUACCCUUAGUAUUGCAGAAAGCUUCAGUACCACUCAUUGACCGAUCAGAGUGUUCCAAGCCCUCCGUUUAUGGUUCGCUCAUUACUCCUAGAAUGCUUUGUGCUGGAUUCCUUGAAGGAAAUGUUGAUGCGUGUCAGGGAGACAGUGGUGGUCCACUUGUGUACCUAUCAUCUCGCUGGCAAUUAUUGGGCAUAGUGAGUUGGGGAGUGGGAUGUGCACGUGAGGGAAAACCUGGAGUUUACACUGAUGUCAGUCAACUUCUCAACUGGAUCUACACUGUAAUGGAGAUGCACCCAUGAGAAUGAAAGCACGGACACAUCACUGCCUGCUCUUGAGACUCACUGGAGGAUACGCAACCAAACCUCCAUGUUCUUGCACCUAGUCUUGAUGCAGCAAUUGCACUGUCCAAGA